AUGAGGAGGUGGAUAAGGCCGGUUUUCGGUACCAACACAUCGCCGGUGUUGCCGAGAAUGGGGCUUUUGAGCUCUUUCCAUGUUACAUGGAAUAUCUCGCGCCAUACCCCUGCUUCAAGACCGCGCUUGGUCCCAAUACAGUCCAGAUCUCGCCAUUUCCAGAGAACCCCACGAGACUUAGCGAAAGUGCUCAAGACCAUACAGCCGGACUCUUCAGACGUGAGUUGUACCAUUUUCGAUGCGAACGGAAACGUUGUUGCGGUUUCGAAGAGCUUUCCAAAGGCAAAAUUCUUACACGAAAACGGACUGUUCCCGAGAGAUUUGCGCAAAAUCGACUCCUCAAACGUCGAUGUGGCGCCGAUCAUUGCGGUCCGGUCUAAUUGCAUCCUAAUCAACUUGUUGCAUAUCAAGGCAUUGGUGAAGGCCGAUUCUGUUCUGGUGUUCGAUACAGCCAACUCGGAAGCCGCCUCGAAACUCAGUUUAUUUAUGUACGACCUAGAGGCCAAAUUGAAAGUCAAGACGGUCCACGGAACAACAAACGUUAACCAAUCUUAUGAGUUCCGUGCGCUAGAAAGCAUUCUUAUUAACGUCAUGGCAGUGCUCGAAACAGAACUGCAACAGCAUUUGAAAAUCUGUACUAAAAUCCUUAACCACCUAGACACAGAGAUCGACAGAGAAAAAUUGAGAGAUUUGCUGGUCAACUCCAAGAAACUCACAACCUUCUAUCAGAAAUCGCUGCUGAUCAAAAACGUUCUUGAUGAGCUACUGGACAACGAUGAUGACUUGGAAAGCAUGUAUUUGAGCGAACGCAGCGUCUAUGGUGGGCCUUUCCGCCAAGAAGAGCUGAGAAUCGACGGAAAAAAUGGCAAGGACCGUGAUUCUGUGAAAACGUCUAUGGACGAGCUCGACACGGGUGAAAUCGAAAUGCUUCUGGAGUCUUACUACAAGCAAUGUGACGAGAUAGUACAACAGGCAGAGACGCUGAUUAACGACAUUAAAUCGACCGAGGAAAUUGUUAAUAUCAUCUUAGAUGCCAACCGCAACUCCUUGAUGGUAUUUGAGCUCAAGAUAUCGAUCUACACAAUGGGAGCAACAGUUGCAACGCUGGCUCCAGCCCUUUAUGGAAUGAACCUCAAAAACUACCUGGAGGAAUCAGAGAUCGCGUUCGGAGCAGUGGUGUUUUUUAGCAUGGUUGCAGGGGCAGCCAUGGUAGUCAACUCAUUCCGUCAUCUAAAAAAUGUGCAGAAAAUGAACAUCACAACUACAGAGCAGACUAAAAGAUUGGACGACAAAAUCAGGGGCCAGCUGUUUGCUAGAUUCAAGAAGCAAAAGACUAGAAGCACUCCUGAGCAAAAGGACCUCAUAUGGAAAUGGCUAACGAACGGGAGCCCGAAACCCAAAUAA